GGACACGUGACAUGCAACAGGAAGUAAAUAAACUGCUUUCCCGCGCAGUUAAAUUGGAACAGCAAGUCGUCUGCUUUCAAGGAGAAUAAAACAAAAUGGAUGAGCUUUAUUUGGAUAAUAUUGACGAAUACGUCAAUGACCAUAAUAAAAUAGUAACCUAUAAAUGGCUGAGUCUCACUCUUGGAGUUCAUGUCAACACAGCAAAACAAAUGCUCUACCAUUACCUGGAUCACAAGAGGAAGGAGAGUUCAGCUCAGCUGCAUGCCACCUACCUUGUGUCAGGGAAAUUUGUGGACAACGGUCAAACGAGUCACAAGGUGUCUGUUGUGAGAGAGGACCAGCUGGAAGAUUUCAAAGCCAAGAUGAGCUUGGUAGUCAGCGUGCACGUCUACAGCGUCCAGAGAGCGUUGCUUAGAGACAGCGGCCCACUUUACGCUGUGGACUACGACGCUGUGAAAGACAAUCUUAAAAACUGCAGCAGAUACAGCGCAAUCCACUGUGCCAGCGCAGUGCCCAUGUCUUCUGUGGAGCUGCAGCAGGCGAGGGAAGUCCAGCAAGCUCCUACACCUGAGGCUGAAAACAAAAAGGCUGGCAUGAAUGGAGACACCAGCCCAGUUUUAAAAUCAUCCGCCAAGCCUCCAAAAGGCAUCAUGGGAAUGUUUGCUAACAAAUCUGCUCCUAAGAGUCAGGAUAACACCAAAGAGAUGAAGCCUGAAAAGAAAGAGGAUAUCGAAGCACCCAAAAGCAAACCAGUCGCAAAAGCCAAUCCAGUGGCAAACUUCUUUGGGACUCAAACAUUAAAGAAGCCAGAGAAACCUGUGAAGGAGGAGGAAGCACCUCAGUCAUCUUCCAGAGCAGCGCAGCAGCAUGAAAGGUCAAAACCAGAGGAAAAGCAAGAAACCGUUGCUCCAGUGGAGCCACAAAUAGACACAAAGAAAGACUCCAGAAGCAAAACUAAGCGGCUAGAAGAUUCUGACGGUGAAGAGGAGAAGAUGGAGAAGAAAAAGAGGAGGAGGAUUAAGAAACCGGAGCCAGACAGCAGUGAUGAAGAUGUUAUUCCAGACUCUCCACAGCCAGUCGUGACAAGAGAACCAUCAUCACCAAGUCCUAAAAAGGAGGUUGAACCCGAUAGACAUUCCCAUCCGAGCAGUUCUGAAAUGAAAAUAAGGAAGAGAAGACGAGUCAUGAAGUCUCAUACCUUUCUGGACGAUGAUGGAUGCAUGGUGACAGAAAAAGGCUACGUGAGUGAAUCUUACUCUGAAUCCGAAGAUGAUUUUAAACCCUCCAAACAAGCUUCAAGAGAUCCCAUUAAAGCAAAACCAUCAAGUAGCAAAGAGGAUGAGAAGAAAACUCAAAAGAAAGCAUCAGCAAACUCAAAUAAAGGAGCUAAACAAGCUUCCAUAAUGGGAUUUUUCCAGAAGAAAUAACAGAUGGUGAUGGAUGCAUUCACUAAGGACAAAUGAGCACUGCUGUAGACUUCCUGUAAUGAGACUGUGGCGUAUCUGAAAUCAGCUGAAACAAGUCAGAACACUUGACAAAUGGACUUCAACACAUGGACAUUAAAAAUUACAUUUUAGUUUCUCUGUUUUAUGAAUACAUGUCCAACUCAAUAAACAUUAAAAAAUUAA